AUGUAAAACUAACAAGACUCUCUUACCCCAUUUAUAAAUAAUAGUCGUGCUUAUAAUUUCAUAAAUAAUUAUGAUUAUGCUUAUAAACAAAAUAAUCUUAAAUUUAUGUAAUCAUAAAAUCAAGAAUAUGAAAUUCAAAAAUAAAAAUAAAAUAAUGAUGAAGAGUAAGUCUUAAUUUAAUAUUAUGUUUAUCAAGACUUUUAAAAUUUGAUUAAUCUAUUAUAUUCUUAUUAAGCAGUAAAAAAUUACUUUAUAGAUUAACCCUAUCAUUCUGCAAUUAUUUUAAGUAGAAAUAAGAUAAUUCUACAAUUAAAUAUUUCUAAUUCAAUUCAUUAUGAUUUAUAAUAAACAAAUAAAAAUACAUCAGGUUAAGAUACUUUAGAAAAAGAAAAAAAAAAUGUUAAAAAUAUUUUAUAUAAUAUGAAGAAUGAUUUAAAUAUGAAGGAUUUAGAUAAUGAAUGUUUAGGAUAUCUAAAUAUAUACACUUAGAAUUCUUUGGCAGAAUACGUUCAAAUUAAAUAAAUUCCAUUAGAAUAAUCAAAUAUAAAUUAUAAUUUUAAUUAAAAUGUGUUGGACAAGGUUUUGCCUCAAAUUUCAUUUUUGGACGAACAAAUUAAAUAAUUGAGACAAAGAAAAUAAUAUCAUAUCCCUUCUGAAUCCUAGAUUAAAUAAAAAGCCAAGUAAUUAUUUAAUUAUAUUCAAAUUAGAGAAUAUUAAAAGAUUACAUAUAAUAAAUUAUUAAUCAAUUAUCCAAGGAAUAAUUAUAAUCUCAGAAGUCCUAGUAAACAAGAUUAUAUGAGUUUUUAAUAUGAAAUUGAAAAAUCACCUAAAAAAUAAUCAAAUAUAAGUAAAUCAUAAAUUUAUAGUACUGAUUCUCGAUAUUCGAAGAAUAAUGAAUUUUAAAAUUAUCUUUAAUGA